AUGGGGAAGGAUUUAGAAAAACAGCACGUUAGAAACGGACACAGAGACGCUCCAAAAUCAGAUAACGUUUACUUGAAAUUAUUAGUUAAAUUAUAUUCAUUUUUAGCUCGUAUGUGAAAAAUUUUGAGUUCAAGAAGAUGUAAAAUACAUUUAAAAAGGAAAUUCCAUAUAAAAUUUAUAUGUUAUUAAUGGUUUAAAUCCAUCAGAAAAGAAUAAUUUGAAAUUUCAGAUAGUAAAGAGACUAUCAAAUUGAAAUUGAAUGAUUUCGGGUAGCUCAUCACUACAAGUAUGAUUGGAUUAGUUUAGAACUAGAACUAGAACCAUCCUGCGAGUACUUUUUACAAGUGCGUCUUCUGAGCAGAUGUAUGGAAUUACAAAUACUAACUAUUUACUAGGUCGUACUGAUGCUCCAUUCAACAAAAUCAUUUUAAAACAAUUAUUUUUAUCAAAAAUUAACAGACCACCAGUUUCAGUUUCAAGAAUCUCAAGAGCUUUCAAAAAUGAAGGUGCUUCAGAAAAAACUGUUGUUGUUGUUGGUACCGUUACUGAUGAUAACAGAUUAUUAGAAUUUCCAAAAGUUACUGUUGCUGCUUUAAGAUUCACUGCUGGUGCAAAAGCUAGAAUCUUAAAGAAUGGUGGUGAAGCUAUUACUUUAGAUCAAUUAGCUUUAAGAGCUCCAAAAGGUCAAAAUACAUUAAUUGUUAGAGGUCCAAGAAAUGCAAGAGAAGCUGUUAGACAUUUUGGUUUUGGUCCACAUAAAGGUAAAGCUCCAAGAAUUUUAUCAAAAGGUAGAAAAUUUGAAAGAGCUAGAGGUAGAAGAAGAUCAAGAGGUUUCAAAGUUUAAUUCUAAUACUUGUAUAGAUGAAAAAUAUAAGAAGUAUUUUAAUUCACGAUUUAUGAUUUUUUUUAUACUACACGAAAUGCUGCAAAAUGGAAUACAUUUGGAAGAUUUUCCAUUAGAUAUACUUUAUAAGAUAAUUGAAUACUUUAGUAGUGAUUAUCAGUUCCCUGAUGAGACAUUUGUUUUGAAUAAUGUUAGAAUUGAUGCAUCAUAUCAUGAUUUAUUAUCGUUAUCGUCCACUUGUAAAUAUUUUAGAAUGUUGCUAAAUCCGAUACUAUAUAGAACUAUAAGUUUAAUAAGGUUAAAUCAAAUUGAUUCGAUACUUAAUAGUCCUAAAUCACAAGAGAAAUGUAGUGAUAAAUUUAGAUACAACAGAGAAUUUUUUAAAGAAUUGAUUUAUGAAAAUAUUUCAAAUUGCGAUAAAGUGGAAGCAAUUACUCGAAAACAUAUUGUUGGAGAUGAAUUGUAUAAAAGUGAGUAUCAUAGUAUGUUGAUGAUACCGAAUUAUUAUACUUAUUUGGAAGGAGAUAACUCGAUUUUGAAAGGUAAUGAUUUAGACUUCUUUUUGAAUUUAAAGACGUUGAAAAUAUUAGAUCAAGGUUGUUUUGAUAUUAUUGAUAGAGAUUAUAAAUUGCCCAAACUCCGAUUUUUACAAGUUAAUGCUGAAACAUUGAAAAAUUCUAGUGGAUUGUUGAAAUUAUUAAAGAAUCUUGACAGGUUGGAUUUAUAUUUGGAUUAUGGAGAGCUGACAGGUUUUAAUAUUAAUGAAUACCUAGAAAAUAACAAAUUAAAAGAAGUUAAUUUAUUUUUAAAUGCUCCUUAUUCAAUUAGAUAUGAGGAUACUAUUAUAUUACUUGAAUCUUUUACUAAAUUGGAUAAAUUGGUCAUAAGAACGAAACGAAGGAACAGUUUGUCAACUCAAAACCAAUCUAAAUGGAGGUUAUAUUCAGAUUAUAUAGGUGACAAGUUAUUAACAAUUAUUGAAAAUGUUACUGAGGUAACUUUAGACAUUGAAAUUAUAGAACAAUUAAACUUUCGUCCAAGUACUUACACUCAAGUGUCACUUCCAAAUAAUAGGCAAUUAACAUUAGUUGACAGAGCUGCUAUUGGUCCUCAAUUAUCGACCAACAUUAAAGAAUUUAUUGGGAUAAUAAUUAAAUCUGGUUUUUCAAGCUUAAAUUUUCAUUAUGGAGAGAAUCUAGAUGAAAGUCAUAUUCAUAUGUUAAAACUAGUCACUGAUUUAGUUCAAUGGAUAAGUAACUCAAAUGAAGCACAUUAUUUAGGUUUGAAUUCCAUUUCACUUGAAAAAACAUGGUCAAUCACCGAUGAUUCCAUUCUUCGUGAAUAUAUUUUAAAUUUACUUAAACAGAACGAUAAGAAAUUAAAUUCAAUGUAUGUUUGGAGUACAACACCUUUUAAUUCACCAAGAUAUAAAUCAAGGGAUGCCUAUAAUGUUUCCUAUGUUAAAUCCAGAGGUGUUUCAAUAACUGAUAAUUCUGGUUAUUUUAUUGGAACAUUCAAUGAAGAAAUAGAUAAACCUAUUUUUACAACAACAGAUCAAUCAAACUCAAAUUCGUUCUGGUCUAGCGAGGCAUCAUUAUGUGAUUUUGAGCAGUAUUCGCUUCGUGAACGUAAAAGUCUCUUACGUUAG